AUGAAGUACCUCACCCAUACUGUCGCAGCCAUUGCUGCUACGCUCUACAUGCAGCCAUGCCCAGCACCUCUUCUUGUUCCUGCCGUUGCCGGCGCUGUUUCGGCUGCCGCUGGGGCUGUUCAGGCAGGUGCUGCCGUCGUGGGUGCAGGUGCUGCGAUUGCAGCUGUUGCCACCCAAAACAAGAAACGAGGAGAACACGCCCCAUGGGACGAGGACGCCGGUAUCUCGCCAGCCGUGCUCCAGAAGUGCGUCGCCGACAUGUUUAACAGUCGCUCGGUCUCCUCCAACGUGACCCCAGACGGCGGCGUGGUUGUUUACAACUGUCCAGAGAGUUGCAAAGAGGCCGUCGACGAAUACAACUCUUUCCCGGAUGUCGAUUCUCUGGCCGCUCGCUACGGGACGGUAUCCUGGAAUGACUCCACGAUAACCACCACUUACCCCGUUGGUGCUGGCUGCCUCAGCGGAUCCUAG